UCUUUUUUUGGAAAUUGAGGAAAAAAAAAUUCUGGCCGGAAAACCACCUUCCAUGACCAAAACAACCAUUUCUCUUCUAAACCACCUCCACAAAACCACCCUUAGCACGCUUCACGGUCCUUUUUAUGUCCUCAAGUUUGUCGAGAACCAAACGCGCCCUUAUCUAUCUCCCUGGCUUUUGCCCUUUUAGCCUUUGUAGAAUCCUGGAAAUUUCGAGGUUGUUUUGUCUCCAGUCUCUGUCUUUUGGCUUUUUUCUUUUUCUUUUUUUUUUAACACCGGAGAGAGAAGGGUGAUUACUAACGUGCGCCGGUGGUGCGCAUGUUAAGAUGUUGAAAUUCGAAAGCUUUUAAGAUUUGAGAGUGUGUGUGUGAGAGAGAGAGGUGGGUGUGUGUUUUGUUUUGCUUGGGCGGCUAACUUUUGAUCGUGGUCGUACACGUGGAAGGCGGGAGAUGGGAGCGGAGGCGAUGGUGGUGGGCCCCGAUAAGAGGUGGGGCACAUGGGAGGAGCUUAUCCUAGGAGGCGCUGUGUUGAGGCACGGUACCCAAGACUGGAACGUCGUCGCUUCCGAGCUUCGUGCCCGCACCCUCUACCCCUAUUGCUUUACCCCUCAGGCCUGCAAGGCCAAGUAUGAGGACCUAAGAAGGCGUUAUUCUGGUUCCAAUGCUUGGUUUGAUGAGCUACGAAAGAGACGAGUUGCAGAACUGAAGAGAGAAUUGGAGAAAUCUGAGGACUCAAUUGGAUCGCUUGAGACGAAGAUUGAAAUUCUCAAGGCUGAGAAAAGACACUCCAGCAAAGCUGAUUGUGGCUCUAAUGGGACUGAAUCACCUGCUCCUCUUUUAAGAUCAGAUGGAAACGAAUCUUUUGGCAAGGAGACAUCCAAGGAUGGACUCUCUGCCAGUAGCUUCACCCAAGAUACAAGCAUUAGCUGGUCAUUGUAUCGACAGAUUCCAGUCUUAGUAUCAUGUGCAGGGACAGAUAUUAAGCAAGAAGUUUCAGUAUCUUUGGAGGAACAGAAGGAUUUACACACAAAAAAGCUGGUAGAGACUGGCAAUAGAGAGGGAGGGACUCCGAGGAAAAGAAGAGGUAUGAGGAAGAGGAAAGACUGUAACAUAGAAGCCAAAGAAGGAAGCAUUGGUGAGAGUGACAACCAUGGGUCAACUAAUGUAGUAUCUAGUUCUCGCUGUAAGGAAACUUCUACAAGUGAUUGUGAUCAGACUAUUAGGCUUCCCGGUAGAGAUGGCAACACCAAAGGUGCAUGCCAGAUGAGAAGUGAUUGUUUGAUCGGCAUUUUCAAUUCUAUUGCGGAGUACAAGGUAGCUUUUGUCUUUAGACAUCGGCUUGAUAGUCAGAAGAGAGCAAGAUACAAGAAAAUCAUCAGGCAACAUAUGGAUUUUGACAUGAUAAGAUCUAGAUUGGUCAGCUGUUCCAUCCACUCAGCAAGAGAGCUCUUUCGAGACUUGCUUUUGCUUGCAAAUAAUGCCCUGGUGUUUUACUCAAAAAGGACACGGGAGUAUAAAUCGGCAGUGGCGCUGAGAGAUAUUGUACUGAAAGCAUAUCGACAGCACUUCAAGGGUUCUUAUAACAAAGCUACUUCUGCAUCCCUUCCAAUGCGAUCAUUGUAUAAUCCUCCUGUGAAGCCACGGAGUGCCCGUCGUCGCCCAAGUCAACCCAAACAAUCAGCUAAGCUGGACAAAGCUGAGAAAUUUGUUGUUAACGCUCCCAAGGUACAUCCUAAACCAGGUGAUCCUGAUGCUAAUGUUCCGCUUCAGUCGUUAUUGACGGCAAAGAAAGGUGUAAAACGCCCUCUGAAGGUAAAAACUGCAUCAGCUAAACCACAAUCCAAGACUCCACUGCCGAAGGACAAGAAAGCUGCUCGACAACGGUGAAUAUGUUUUAGUAUUUUUGUAACAUCUUCCCGGUUUUUUGCAUUAACUUCUUGCUGUACAGAUGCUCUUCUUUUUGCAAAUGAGGCUAGGUAUGUCAACUAGGUUAACUAGGUUGUAUCUGCUGGCCAUUCAAGUGAAGAAACACAGUAGAUGUGAAUGAACUGUUCAUAAAUAGUUUCAGAGACUCUUCAUCAUGCGAAGCUCUUGGCAAAAUGGUGCUUUAAAACUGGCCUUUGUGAACUGCGCUUUAAUGGUUGUCUUGCCUUUUUUUGAGCGAUUUGUUCCAUAACCACAGAGUCCUAGCAACCAGGUGUGCUUCUCUUCCCCCUUUCUUGGCGCUUUCCUUUUGACAUCUACAUCCCUCGAGAGAGGGCUGAGAAGCUAUAUGUAUAUACGGACCUGAGUGGCUGAAUACUGUAUAUCAAAUAUCCAUGCAAGUUAGUCCAUACUUUAAACAAA